AUGCCGGAAGUUGCACAAAUGGACAUCUCCAUUUGCUGGAGCGGGCGGGUUGAGCGGAGCCACGAGGUUGAAGAUGCAGCCGACUCUUUGCACAGGCCCCUGGCGCUUGUCGGCCCCUGCCCUUUCUCUCGGAAGAGGAGUCACAGCCUGACGGCCUUUGCAGGCGUUGCAGAAGUUGCAGGCACACGGUUGCAGCAUGUCUGUGUCUCUUUAGCACUUGUGCGGGAGUCCGAGCAGUCCGACCGGCCCGAGCGUGCCUGCCUCGGUAGGGCGCCUCACGUGGCUCUGUGGAUUUGCCGCGCUGUGCGCUGGCUGCUUGCGAUUCGGCCCUUCCGGAGCAGCAUUCGUGUUGAGCUUGUGGAGUCUGCAUGCCCGAAGGCCAUCUUGAGUGUCUUGAGUGCGUCAGCUUUGUGCAAUCACAAAGCCAGUGCACGCCAUGCCUGA